GUUCAGCUUCUUUGCUUGUGGGCGGGCAUUUCUGCAGUCCCAAGUCCCAACUCUGUAAAUGUCCCUAGCGGCCAAAGUGCUGAAGCCGAAUGCAAUACCUCGUUCCCCGACCACGUUUCAUGGAGAUCCUUUCAUGGCGAAAGGUUUCAAGUCUUCGAGCAUCUUCAAUGGCAGAUUACCCCAACCAGUCCCGUGGUGGUCUCCCUCGCUUCUACUCCGAAGUUCUUCCUCCUAGCAAGGGUAACGUUGUUCGAGUACUAGGUGAUGAGUUUUGGCAUAUAACGAAGGUCUUAAGAAUGGGUGUGAAUGAUAGGAUAGAGCUCUUCAAUGGGUCAGGAGGAUUAGUCAAAGGUUGCAUACAAAGGAUUGAUCGAACUGGGCUGGAUUUCAUGGCCUUGGAAGAUCCCCAAGUAAUUAUUUCCAAGAGUACUCAGUGGCAUGUGUUUGCAGCUUUUGGUACUCUGAAGGGCGGUCGUGCUGACUGGCUUGUUGAGAAAUGCACGGAGCUGGGAGCUAGCACCGUAACACCUCUGCUAACUGCACGUUCUCCGUCCGUCUCCGAAAAUCGAGUUGAAAGAUUACAACGGGUGAUUCUAGCUUCAGUUAAACAAUCUCAACGGUUGCAUCGAUUGACUCUUAAUCCCCCAAUAAAAGUUGGAAGCCUUUUGCCUAUUGUUGGCCAGUCAAAGCUUUCACUUGUUGCAGUAGCAGAAGCAACACCUCUUAUUGGUGCCCUUAACUUCUCAAGAAAAGAAUCUAAUGGGUUGAUAAUAAUUGGACCAGAAGGGGACUUUACUGAGGAGGAGGUGAAGAUGAUGAUCGAGGCAGGUGCUACUGCUGUAGGGCUUGGACCACAUCGUUUACGAGUUGAGACUGCAGCAAUAGCACUUUUGUCAACUCUGAUGUUAUGGUCGGAUGCUCAGCAGUCACAAGAUCCUUAAAAAAGUUUCCGGGUAAAAUCCUUGUAAGUCUCAUUUGGUCUUUUGGAGGCUUGGAGCCCUUGAAAAAUCCAGGAAUUCUAUUCAUCUCCCCCCCA